AUGAAGUUGUGUGAUGACUCCAGGCCUCGGAGACGUCCCAGACACCUGCAGACGGCUUCUGUUAUGAUUAGUGUGAGGCUUUCUUCCACACACGCACACAGGUACACAGAGCGCAUUCCACAGGCAAACAUUCUGUGUGACACGGUACAGGUCCCUGUACACCCCAGCCCAGCCCAGCAGCAAAGGGCCCCACAACACACCCAGACACCCCAGCCCGGCCCAGCAGCCAGGGACUCCACAACACACCCAGAUACCCAGCCUGACCCAGCAGCGAGGGGCUCCACAACACACCCAGACACCCAGCCUGGCCCAGCAGUGAAGGGCCCCACAACACACCCAGACACCCAGCCUGGCCCAGCAGCGAAGGGCCCCACAACACACCCAGACACCCCAGCCCGGCCCAGCAGCGAGGGGCUCCACAACACACCCAGAUACCCCAGCCCGGCCCAGCAGCGAGGGGCUCCACAACACACCCAGACACCCAGCCUGGCCCAGCAGCGAAGGGCCCCACAACACACCCAGAUACCCAGCCUGGCCCAGCAGCGAGGGGCUCCACAACACUCCCUGACACCCAGCCCGGCAGAGCAAGAAGGAGCCCACAGGAGGGGUUGCUCUCCCCACGACAGAGGGACCCAGCCCAGCGGAGCAGUCAGGGGCCCUCGCAAAACAACACUGCAGUGUUGA